AAUUUUAGUUCUUAAUUGAAGAUUCAAGUUCAUCAAUGAGUGCAUAUAUAUUGUUUGUGAAAAUGUCUGAAUGAGUUUUUAUUUUUAUGUAUUUUUGUUCUUUGUUCAUGAUUUUUCUAAGGCUUGCAUGAUAAUUCCUUUUGCUUUUGCAGUUAGGAAAAGACUGUGGAGUAAGGGGAAUUGGAGAAAGAAACUAUUUUGGCUCUUUUUUCGUUGGAUCUCAAGAGAGAGACUGAAAACAAGAAGAUUCAAUGACAUAUUUUAAAAAGUUUAAAUAUGAUAAGUAUCUUGCUAAUUGUCUUAAAUGAUGGUGUUCGGAGACUUUUCUUGUUGUGAUAGUUUGGUUGAGAUCCACCCAUCUAUUGAUUUUAGUAAAUUUCAUGGCACUGAGACUCGAAGAAAUGUAGUUGUUGAGGGUUAAUUCGGCUAAGCCCAUACAUAGCAUCAGAUUCAAGUAUCGGAACAACCCAAACCUAAGAGAGAGGCCUAAAGUGAUUUUUCUUGCAUUCGCCUACUCACAUAUUCACAGUUCCAGCUGCAGAUGUGUGUCCCACUUGCACACAAAUUCAAGCAAGACCCCAGUUCCAAUCCUUAUCAAUACAAGCGUCUUCCUCAAGCAAAGCAAUCAAGGAAAGUUCAGAACUCACUUUGGCCAUGGUUCAGCGGCCUUGACAAAGAUUUAUGAAAGGACAGGUCCUACGGUCCUGUAUCGUGGUCACCAUCAACUCCGGGGAGCAGGGUCAAACAGUCCAGCACCUCGGAGACACAGCAAGAUGCAAAAAACGAGAUCACAUAUUGAAAGUUUGUUUGGGGUGAGGAAUUCCAGUUGCAGGAGGAAGAGGAAAAGGCGAGGUAAGGACUUUCCUCUUCUCAGAGGAUAAUAGACAGUGCCCAAAUAAGCUAGAGAAACCAAGAGAUAAAAGUGGGGACUUACAAAAACUCAAAGUCUAAAUUCUCACCCUACAUAAGGGUAAAGAAACUCACUUGUAGGGGCAUGAAAGAAAAGAGAAAUCACAAUCAUUGAGAGAAUACAAAAAAGCUUUGAAUUUUGUUUCUCUUUUGCUCUUUUUUCUUCUUCCUUAAUUCUCUACUCUCUGCAUCUUGGAUCAAAUAGUCCUAAUACCUCUUCAUCACCGUGUCCAACAAUGCCUCCAAAGUCAAAGAGCAUCAAGAGAGAGAGCAAAGAUGCCUCCUCCCACGCACCAAUACCAGAUGUUGCUACCCUCUAUGAGAUGUUGCAGACCAAGCAGCGAGAACAGAUCAAGCUUACACGUGGUAUACCAGACUCCCACCAGGUUAUCAGGACUUGGGAUGAGAUGGUAGACGGUUUCUGCAGUAAGUACUUCCAGGAAGACGAGAGGAUGACAUUUGUCAGUCUUUGUAAUAACACCAAGCAAAAUGUGAAUGAAGGUGUGCUGGAAUUCAUCCGAAGAUUCAUGGACACAGCCUUGGAUUGUUAUGACGACAAUGAGGAACAUGAGCUUGUUGAGGUGUGCAUCAACAAUACGCUCUGGGAAUACAGGUUGCAGCUCGAGAUCCUAAAUAUUGUGCAAUUUGUCGAUCUGUUACAGAAGGCUCGAAGGACAACCCUCACAGUAUCAGAGAGGAGAUAAAAGAGUCCGAGUGUUUGUACGCGUGAUUUGUAGCUGGAUUUGGGCUUUAAGACCGGAUUUAAAAUUUUCUAUUUAUAAACCCCGAGUUAUGCGAAAAUUC